GCUAGAUUGAUUCACUCAGGGUGGGAACUUGACCCGCGUGGAUGGGAAUUUGGCAAAAAGGAGCGAUUUUGACUUAAAAAAUCACCGCAGAUGGUGGAUUUCCCACACCUGCCAUGACUGAAGAAGAAAACGUUUAGCUCUCAAAGAUAUGGAGGGACGUGAAGAGGAGAGACUGUGUGGGAAGUGGAGGGUCACCUGUGGGUUAUACAGUUACAACCUGAGGGACGUCUUUACAUGGCGUCUGCUGAAGACCAUUCUCAUGGGGCAGUUCUUGUCCAUGCUGAUCUGCGGGACAGCGGUGAGCUGUCAGUACUUGGCCGAUGCCGGGGUGGAGACCCCCGUGCUGCAGAGUUUCCUCAACUACGCCCUGCUGCUGCUCGUCUACACGACCAUCCUCAGCGCCCGCAAAGGUGAGAGGAACAUCCUUCAGAUUUUAAAAACCAAGUGGUGGAAGUACUUGGUGAUGGGUGUGGCAGAUGUGGAGGCAAACUAUGCAGUUGUGAAGGCCUAUCAGUUCACCAACCUGACGAGCAUACAGCUGCUGGACUGCUUUGUGAUCCCAGUGCUGAUGGUGCUUUCCUGGUUCUUCCUGAAGACUCGCUACAAGCUGGUCCACUUCAUAGCCGUGGUGGUGUGUUUGUUGGGGGUGGGGGCCAUGGUGGGAGCCGACGUUCUGGCUGGAAGAGCCCAGGGAUCCAAGAAUGUCGAUGUCGUGCUGGGAGAUGGUUUGGUCCUGCUCAGUGCUGUCCUCUACGCUGUGUCCAAUGUGUGCCAGGAGUACACGGUGAAGAACUUAAGCCGGGUCGAGUUCCUGGGCAUGAUGGGCCUCUUUGGGACCCUCAUCAGUGGCUUACAGUUAGCUGCUCUGGAAACUCAAGCUGUAGCUGCAAUAAAGUGGGACCUUCACAUUUCCGUGUGGUUUGCAGUCUACGUCCUGUUCAUGUACACACUGUACAGCUGCAUGCCGGUCGUGGUGAAGAUGACCAGCGCGACUGCGGUCAACCUCUCGCUGCUCACCGCCGACCUCUUCAGCCUCUUCUGUGGCAUCUUCCUCUUCCACCACACAUUUUCGACCCUGUACAUCGUCUCGUUUGUCGUCAUCACUUUGGGCUUUGUCAUGUUCAACGCCGUUCCCACGUACUCUGCUUUACCGGAGUCUGGCUCCAUUGAGGACGACCCCGCUGAAGUGUCAGCUGAUCGCGUGGUUGAGAGCUCCUCAGACCACCUGCUGGCAGGUGACAGAGACACUCAGAAAAGUGAGACGCUCACCGCUGUGGCUGCACUGUGACUGAAACUGACUGAAGAGAGAGGCGGCCUCUCUGUUGUGAGAGAGGCUUCACGUUGCGACAGAAGUACACGUUUUCUUGUACUGUACUGCUACAAAGUUUGCUUGUUAUGGACAUUUUGCGUUUUCAGUGUCAAAGAACAUGCAUUUUUUCCAACUACGCCAUUACAUUACUUGUGGUGGGGAUUUUUAAAUUCUUUUCUAUAUUACGUCAUUUUGUAGAGAUAUUUCUUUACUAACAGUGAUCAAUUAUCAUCUGUUACUGCACUUAUAGUCAACGUGUUAAACACAAACAAUGCACCAAUAUGACUGCUAACUACAUAACUCAGUUACUUGACAAUCCUUUCUCAUUUUUAAAUUAAUAUAUUUGAUAUUUUACAAAUACAUUGCUGUUUUUUUAACCACUGUAUUGUGUCAUUGUUUUGAUUUUGAACACAAGCCGUAAAGCUUUAUUUUACUUUUGUUGCCUAUGAUGCUGUUACAAGUUUCAAUUGAUAAUGUAAGAAAUAUACUGUAAAUCAUUCUUUACCCUGGAUUGCUAAAAGUAAAGCAUGUUAACAUGCAGGAGGACCUUUACUU